AAGAAGAAGACAGAGGAACCUAGUAGUUUCUAGAACUAAUGUUUCCGGUCGACUGUAUUUUUCCUUCGGACGUCUUUCUUUCGCGCUUAAGCAACAUUAACUUUUGCACCCUUUGGACUUUAUCGCUUAAACUGUAAUGGCGCUCCCUGGGCCCAAUAAGGACAACAUCAGAGCUGGGUGUAAGAAAUGUGGAUAUCCGGGCCAUUUAACAUUCGAGUGCCGAAAUUUCGUUCGAGUUGACCCGCAGAAAGACAUUGUUCUGGACGUAAGCAGCACCAGCAGCGAGGAGAGUGAAGAUGACGUUCCCGCCACUCAGCACAAUGAAAAACUGGGGCGAAGUCUGCAGCGCCAUAAAGAUAAUGAAGAUGUUGGGAAAAAGACACGUAAACGAAAGAAGAGCAAAGAUAGAAAAUCAAGAAAAAGAUCCUCAUCAUCAAGUGACGAAGAACCAAAAAAGAGAAAGAAGCGCAGCAGAUCGAGCUCCUCGUCCGACGAGGAGGACAGGAAAAAGAAAAAGAAACAAAGUCACAAGAAAAAGAGCAAAAAGAACAAGAAGGUGCAUGGAAAGCAUCACAAGAAGAGAGACAGAAAAAGGAAACACAAAUCGUCUUCAUCCUCUUCUUCAUCAUCUAGUGAAUCUUCAGAAAGUGACUGAUCCACCAAUCUGUAAAGCCUCAAGAUCGCUCACAUAUUUAUUAGGCAGAUCGUCUACACUGUCUCUCGUUAUCUUUGUGUAAAUAUAUUUUAUUUUAUUUUUUUUGUAACCUGUGUCCACAAACUGCUAGGCCUCUACAUCACUCAGCAUCAUCCACGACUGUUCUGUAUUAUCCAGCGCUGCUGCAAACCAGACAACAUGCAGUGCUGAAAGUUUUGCAUUGCUUUGUCUACCUGACAAUUUUAAUUUUAAUAGGUGUGGUCUGAUCAUUUGUGCAUCAGUGCAAAGUUUUAAAGCUGUGCCGAUUUUGUUCUUUACGUGUAGAUUUUAUGUUUUUUAGUCUGUAGUGAAAGGUCAAAUAUGGACCAAACUCUUUGAGUUCCACCGUAGUAGAAGUGAGCAGUGACUUGGUGCCGACGUGUUUCUUGGUACCGGUAGUGAGUCCAGUCCUUCACAGCUGCUUAUUAAGCCUUGGUAGUUAAACUAUGAGAGCUUGUGUUGCAAAGGAAGCAUUUUAGUUGUUGAACGUAGAAGUUUGGUUUGUACUGGAGCUGUAAAUAAUGGACACAUGUUGGUGUUUGUACCACAGAUGUACUGCAGUCUUCAGCUGGUUAUGUUUUUCCAUUAGCAAUUUCUAUCCUGUCCGUAGUUAUCGGGUCAUUUAUUAAUUUCAAAGAACUCAUCAACGUUACUCCUUUAUUCCAUCAUAAGUUGCCCUUUUGUUUUUACAGCUUUAUGCUUGCCUUUUGAUAAUUGUGAUCUCACAAUCGAAAUAAAUUUAUAUUUUCUCUCAAA